AUGGGAUUGCAACUUGAGUCCGCCAGCCAGCGUUCGUUCGAACAACAAAACCCAUGGCGCUUCCGCGACGUUCGGUUGGAACAUGACAACCAUGUACAACUCGAAGCGGCACUCUUCCAGGCAUCUACGAUUCCCAAGCUGAACGACCGCUUUCGCGACCUCUCAAAGGGCAACAGAGCGGACUAUCACACCCACUGCCUGGCGCCCGGGGUCGCCCUCUCGGUGGUGAAGCCGGUUAAGUCUGCCAAGCCCAAGUCUCAGCAAACCGGUGACCUUGUCUCGCCCCCUACUACGGCGGCCACAGUCGGCGAGAUUGCUCCCUAUGUUUGCAUCAUACCGAGGCAUGUGGAUCCGGCCCUUGUAUUCCCUAAGCUCGUCCCCUCGGGAAAGCAAGUGGUGUCAUUCCCGCUCCAGCGGCUGUCAACACAAGAAAGGCCAUGUCUCAAACGGCGGCGGCCAGACACGGAUGUCGACGGCCCCAACACCGCAUCACUAAGCUGCAAGAAGCGACGUCUUUUGCGACACCUCAUCACGUCGCGGCUCUCGCAGCCCUUCUCGCUCCCAGCAACCCACAUUCUGAACAGGGAGGCGGUGGCAACAGGCAAUAACCGCUUCCUGAAGCUCGCCGCCAUCUUGGCCGCCCGCCGGUUCCAGAGCGCCGGGGCCAACUCAGCGCAGACAGGAGGCCCGCCCCACCAGCCGAGCCCCUCGACAUGGCUGCGGCGGGCGGCUGUCUUGAAUAGCUUCCGGCAGCGUGUCUGUGCCGAGGCUGCCGAGCGCGGUAAUCCCGACAUGGCUGCUCUGGCGGCCAGGGCUGCUGCGUUUCAACACAGUCCUGGAACAGGUGUGUUUGUUGGCGGACGGUACAUCACUGACUCAACGAGUCGGAUGUCGAGUCCGGCCGUGCAAUGGAUUAGUCUUCCCACAUCUGUUAAACCAGGAGCCGUACCGGCGGCGGCGUUGUUAGGUGCUGGGGUGGGCGUGCAGGCGGGUAGCAGCCGGCCAGGACUCCAGCCAGCAGGACAGGUAUCGACUCGGCUGGUGAUUCCCAGCCCGCAACUGCGGCCGCUGCGGUCGCCUGAGCUCAGGGUGACCCGGCCAGCUGUUGCGGUUGAGGACCAGGGGAGACUUGAUGAUGAGAAUGGAGAGGAGGAGGAGGAGGAGGAUGAUGGCGUGGCGUUCCCCACGUCGGAGCAUGAGAGUCGGUAUGAAGACGAGCCGGAGGAUGUGUACGCUGACUUUGGGGUCAUUUUUGGCGGGGGAGAGGGGGACGCGCCUGAUGAGGAUGGUGGUGGGGAUCAUUUUGAAGACUAUAUGGAUGAUUUGGAUGGGAUACCUUGGAAUGCCAGGUGCUGA